CGCUUCUUGCUUCGGGCGAUUCCAUCCGAGCGGAGGAGGCGGAGGAGGUAGAUCGACGAUGGGGCUCUCCUUCUCGUCGCUCUUCGGGGCGCUGUUCGCCAAGAAGGAGAUGCGGAUCCUCAUGGUCGGCCUCGACGCCGCCGGCAAGACCACCAUCCUCUACAAGCUCAAGCUCGGCGAGAUCGUCACCACCAUCCCCACCAUCGGGUUCAAUGUGGAGACUGUUGAGUACAAGAACAUCAGCUUCACUGUUUGGGAUGUCGGGGGCCAGGACAAGAUAAGGCCUUUGUGGAGGCACUACUUCCAGAACACUCAGGGCCUUAUCUUUGUUGUUGACAGCAACGACAGAGAUCGUAUUGCGGAGGCGAGAGAUGAGCUCCACAGAAUGCUGAAUGAGGAUGAGCUGCGCAAUGCUGUAUUGCUUGUUUUUGCUAACAAGCAAGACCUGCCCAAUGCCAUGAAUGCUGCUGAAAUAACAGAUAAACUUGGUCUCCACUCUCUGCGUCAGCGACACUGGUAUAUUCAGAGUGCUUGUGCUACAAGUGGGGAGGGUCUGUAUGAAGGGCUGGACUGGCUCUCCAGCAACAUAGCCAGCAAGUGCCCUGAUCUCUGGACGAGACGAACCGAAGCCGAUCCGACUGUCGAGAUGCCGCAGGCGCAGGCGAGGUCGGUCCUGCCGGUCGUGCUCCUCGGCUGCGGCGGCGUCGGCCGCCACCUCCUCCGCCACAUCGUCUCCUGCCGCCCGCUCCACGCCAACCAGGGCGUCGCCAUCCGGGUGGUGGGCGUCGCCGACAGCUCCUCCCUGCUCGUCGCCGACGACGUCCGCGCCAGCGGCCUCGAUGACGCGCUCCUCAGUGACCUCUGCGCCGCCAAGUCCGCCGGCUCGCCCCUCUCGUCCCUGCUCUCUCGCGGGCAUUGUCAGGUGUUCAACAAGCCAGAGGCUAUGGGGAAAGUCAUCGACGCUGCCACCAUGCUUGGGAGGACCACAGGUCUGGUGCUAGUUGAUUGUUCCGCAACGAAUGACACCGUUGCUCUGCUGACGGAUGCUGUGAGCCAUGGAUGCUGCGUUGUAUUGGCAAACAAGAAACCUCUUACAUGUGCUUAUGAGGAUUAUAAAAAGUUGACCUCCUGCUCCCGUCGGAUAAGAUUUGAAUCUACUGUAGGAGCAGGUUUGCCUGUAAUCGCUUCUGUGACCCGCAUUAUUGCAUCUGGAGAUCCAAUUUCUCGAAUCGUUGGCAGCCUUAGUGGUACGCUUGGCUACGUUAUGAGUGAGCUGGAGGAUGGAAAAAGAUUUAGUGAAGUUGUGAAAACUGCCAAGUCUCUUGGUUAUACAGAACCUGAUCCACGUGAUGAUCUCAGUGGGAUGGAUGUGGCUAGAAAGGCACUGAUCCUAGCUAGGCUUCUCGGGCAACAGAUCAGCAUGGAGAAUAUCAAUGUUGAGAGUUUAUAUCCAAGUGAGUUAGGAUCCGAGGUUAUGUCCACAGCGGACUUCCUUGAAAGUGGAUUGGCACAACUUGAUGAGAAGAUUGAAGAAAGAGUGAAGGCAGCAUCGUUGAGAGGAAAUGUUCUUCGAUAUGUCUGUGUCAUUGGAGACACAGGGUGCCAAGUGGGCCUUCAAGAGGUGCCAAAAGAUUCUGCAUUGGGGAGAUUGAGGGGAAGUGACAAUGUGGUGGAGAUAUAUAGCAGAUGCUAUGAGAGCUCCCCGCUGGUGAUCCAGGGUGCAGGAGCCGGGAACGACACCACGGCCGCAGGAGUUCUUGCUGAUAUAAUUGAUCUACAGGAUCUUUUCCGAUUGGCUUAGGCCUUUGACUGAGGUUGUAUGCAAAUUUUGAUGUCCAUUGGGCUCCUGUGUUGCUUGGACAAAUCUUGAGUGGUCAUGGGUAUAUGGUGGUGUGCACCUGGACUGCAUUGUGAGAUUGCGGGUGUAUCUUUGGAAAUGGGAAGUUCCGUUUUUAUC